AUGUACUUCUCUUCCAUCGCUACCUCUAUGCUCUUCGCUACCGCUGUCUCCGCGAGCCCUCUCCUCGAGCAGCGCAAAGCACACCCUGAAGUCAUUCCCGGCCCGGGGCUACCAUCUCUCGCCUCGCUGGGCUUGACCACCGCUCAGCUCUAUGAAACCCCAGUGCCAGGUGCCGAAUUCUCCGCUCAAUUUGACCUCAAGUGCGGCCCAAACAACCGCGCAUACGGACCUGUCAACGACGUCAUUGCGUGCUACAACUACCUCAGGAACCUUGGUGGUCGCGCAUGCCAGGUUCCCGGCAACAGCGUGCUUAUUACGUUUUGCACCGCCGGAAAUGGCAAAGCGACUGGACAAGGCCUUAACAGCAACGCUCAGAGCAGUGCUUGCUCUGAUGUAGCAGGAGGCCUUCUUCAAGUCAUCAACGGCUGUACUCGUUCGGACCAGACGGUCGCUGGGUUCCAGGCAGCGAAUGGAAACGGAAACCUAAUUGUUGGAGGCGUGAACAGGAACUACUAA